CCGAUGACCUACAUGUACAGUGGCGAGUGUGUUUUCGAAAAAUGUGUAAACAUCUAGUUUCGAUUUUAAUUCUUGGUGAGAUUUGCUGACACAGGUGUUUUAUACCAUUUUUUGAAAAAGCGGACAUAGAUUUGCUAGAUAUAGUCUACUUUCCGUUUCAAAAUAGCUGCACCGUGAAGUCAAGGAUUUGAUAUAUUUUACAAGAAAUGAAAGAUGGCUGACACAUUUGAAAUAGCAUUUUCUUUCGACACAACUGGAUCAAUGUACAGCUGUCUUGAAGAAGUUCGAAGACGCCUCAGAGAAAUGGUGCAGGAUCUGAAACGCAAAAUACCUGGUAUACGUAUUGCUAUAUUUGCCCAUGGUGAUUACUGCGAUGCUGGGUCAAAGUAUGUCACAAAAUACCUGAAUUUUACAAACGACCCAAACACGCUCUGCAGUUUUGUCAGUAAUGUUUCCAGUACUGACGGAGGAGACACACCUGAAUGCUACGAACUUGUAAUGAGAGAAGUACAAGAAAAGCUCUCUUGGAGUACCUACUCCCAGAAGGCCUUGGUUAUGAUUGGCGACGCGCCACCGCAUGAAAAAUCUGAAAGCCAGAACUAUCGUCAUCUAGACUGGAAAGAAGAAACAAAACUUUUAAGAAAAAUGGAUAUCAAAGUCUAUGCGGUCCAAUGUAACUAUUAUUCCAGUUUCGAAUAUUUCUAUCAACAUAUUGCGGCAAGAACGUUUGGUUACUACAUGCGUUUGGCAAACAUCAAUGAAGUGAAGGACCUUCUUAUGAAGAUUUGCUUCAGAGAAGCUGGUCUAGAAGACAUGCCGAGUUCAGCUGUAACCACUCCCCAUGUUUUUACUCCAACACCAUAUCCAGAAGUUGUUGGAAAACGGUCAAGUCCCAUUGCUGAGAUGAUUGCUAGGGAGUCCGAUGAUGACGACGAUGCAAGUGAUGAUGAAUAUGAGCUACAAUGUUUUAUGUGCAAAAAGUCAAAACCACCGAAUGAGUUUCCUAAAACACCUAUAUCUGACAGCUGCAAUCAUUAUCCUGGACAUUGUCUAAGGUGUGUUGUAGAAUACGUCAAAAGGACAGGUCAGUGCCCACACGAAGAAUGCGAUGUUGUGGUUGAACCAGACUGUGAAAUGGUUAAUUUCUUUGAAUCAAAACUAGACAGAAUGUUUGUUGAUUACUCAAAGGUUUUAGAAGAGAAUCGCAAACUAAUGACAGGAUAUGGAGGACCGGUCUUCUCCGUGUCAGCAAUGAACGGGGACACUGCCUGGGUACCAUAUGAUCCAAGAAUGGCGGUUGCAGACUUGAAGAGAGAAGUAGAAACACAACUUGGUAUCAAGGAAUCACAGCAGAAGAUUCUAUACAAGGAAAGAGGUCUUAAGACCACUAAAGGACCAGGUCAGCCAUUCACACUCUCAGACUAUGGAAUAACGGAAACCAGCUCACUCAGCUUGAUAGUGCCUUUAUACUGUAUACCAGAGAACCUGGAUCAUGUAGUGUUCGAUUUGUCCUGGGAAUUCCCCAAAAUUAAUCCGGAUUUUCUUGAUGCAUCGUGCCUUGCAUUUGAAAAACACGAGUUUAUCCAAGUCAUAGACUGGAACCACUCAACAAACGAUUACUAUUUGAAAGGUAUAUAUUUACACUACUAAAGACAAUAGUUACCA